CUCCUCCCCCAAUAAAAUUUCCUCCCUCCUCCUCCUCCUCUCUCCCUUUGCCACUUAAACAUAACCUUGAUGUCGUUUUUAAACAAGUUCAUAGACAAGGCAAAGUCUCGUCAUCAGUCAGACAGUGCUAGUUCGAAAGAAGUCAAAAGCAGUGACGCAAGUACCGCCACAGCUGACAUUCAUAGUCAUUCUAAAACCAGUUCAUUACAAGAUGAAGAAGUCCAAGAUAAAAGAGACGGAUAUAGUGAUGUAGCUACUACUUCGUAUAAUAGCAGUAGCAACGAACAACGGAAUUUCGAUGGAUCUUCUGGACGUAGUCGAACCACAUCGACGUACACCUCGGUCUACAAUGAUCAAUCCAUCAUUAAGCAACGCCAUGACCGUCCCAGACUUAAAUUGGCGGACUUUAACAUGUUACGUACACUUGGUACUGGCUCAUUCGGUCGUGUCCAUCUUGUCCAAUCUCGUGUCAACGCACGUUAUUAUGCUGUCAAGGUCCUUAAAAAGGCUGAAGUCGUCCGAUUGAAACAAGUCGAGCAUACAAACAAUGAAAAACAUAUUCUCGAAUCAGUCGCUCAUCCUUUUCUCGUCAAUAUGUGGGGUACCUUUCAAGAUAAUGUCAAUCUCUACAUGGUCAUGGAUUAUGUGCCUGGUGGUGAAUUAUUUUCUGUUCUCCGCCGUUCCAAGCGUUUCCCUGAUCACGUAGCAAAGUUUUAUGCUGCUGAAGUUAUUUUAGCCAUUGAAUACAUGCACUCUAAAAAUGUCAUUUAUCGUGACUUGAAGCCCGAGAAUUUGUUACUGGAUAGCCAAGGGCAUAUCAAAAUCACAGACUUUGGUUUCGCAAAGCAUGUUCCUGACAUUACCUGGACAUUAUGUGGAACCCCUGAUUACCUAGCUCCCGAGAUCAUCCAGUCAAAGGGGUACGGUAGAGCAGUAGAUUGGUGGAGUUUAGGUGUCUUGGUCUUUGAAAUGUUGGCAGGAUUUCCUCCAUUUUAUGACGAUGAUCAUUUAAAGCUCUACGAAAAGAUUUUGGCAGGCCGAGUCAAAUACCCCAAUUAUUUUAUUGUUCAUUCCAAGGACCUGUUGAAACGUUUAUUGACAGCUGAUUUAACAAAACGUUAUGGUAAUUUAAAAGAUGGAAGUGAGGACAUUAAACGACAUGCCUGGUUUCAAGGUGUGGAUUUCAAUCGCGUCUUGGCUCGUCAAAUUAGACCCCCUUAUGUUCCUAGUAUUCGUGGUGAAGGGGACGCAAGUCAUUUUGACAGAUAUCCUGAAACAGAUGAACAAUAUGGCAAUGAAACAGCUACAGAUCCCUUUAGAAAUCUCUUUCCUGACUUUUAAAAAAUAACUAUUAUAUAACUUUACACAUUCCCUCUUCUUUUUUUUAUUUCAUAAUACUAUUAUUUUUUUUUUUUACUCUUUA